AUGCGAAGCAUUCCUCCCCGACGCAACGGCGAUGCUACCGACGCAGCUCAAUACACCUUGAAAGAGCAGGAGAACCUGCUGAGCGAAAUGAAGAAAGAGAACUUCUCGUUGAAGCUCAAAAUCUUUUAUUUGGAAGAACGCAUGCAAAACAUGGCGCCUGAAAACAUUGAUAAGGCGUUGAAGGAGAGUAUUGAGUUCAAGGUUGAGCGAACGACAUUGCAGAGGGAGUUGCAGCGUCACAAGAAAUUCUUGAUGGAGGCGGAGAAGAGUGUGGCCAGACUCCAGGAGGAGGCACGCUCU